GCCCUUGGAUCCCACCUCCGACCCCUCCGAGGUCCGCCCCGCCAGGGAACUGGCCCGGUGCCCACCCUGGGGGCCUGCGGCGCUGCUGACCGUCUGCCUCUCCCUGCAGGUCUGGCGCCAUGCCCGGUCACUCUGAACACUAGGCCACACCCCGGGCCGUCGGAGCAGCCGCUGCUCACUUCAGGGGUCCCCCUCCCCACCGCCCACUGCCCCACCAUGGCCGGGGACCGGCUCCCCCGGAAGGUGAUGGAUGCCAAGAAGCUGGCCAGCCUGCUGCGGGGUGGGCCCGGGGGGCCGCUGGUCAUCGACAGCCGGUCCUUCGUGGAGUACAACAGCUGGCACGUGCUCAGCUCCGUGAACAUCUGCUGCUCCAAACUGGUGAAGCGGCGGCUGCAGCAGGGCAAGGUGACCAUUGCCGAGCUCAUCCAGCCAGCCGUGCGCAGCCAGGUGGAGGCCACAGAGCCACAGGACGUGGUGGUCUAUGACCAGAGCACCAGGGACGCCAGCGUGCUGGCCGCAGACAGCUUCCUCUCCAUCCUGCUCAGUAAGCUGGACGGCUGCUUCGACAGCGUGGCCAUCCUCACAGGGGGCUUCGCCACCUUCUCGUCCUGCUUCCCUGGCCUCUGUGAGGGCAAGCCUGCUACCCUGCUGCCCAUGAGCCUCUCCCAGCCCUGCCUGCCCGUGCCCAGUGUGGGCCUCACCCGCAUCCUGCCUCACCUCUACCUGGGCUCUCAGAAGGACGUCCUGAACAAGGAUCUGAUGACCCAAAACGGAAUAAGCUACGUUCUCAACGCCAGCAACUCCUGCCCCAAGCCGGACUUCAUCUGUGAGAGCCGCUUCAUGCGCAUUCCCAUCAACGACAACUACUGUGAAAAGCUGCUGCCCUGGCUGGACAAGUCCAUCGAGUUCAUCGAUAAAGCCAAGCUGUCCAGCUGCCAAGUCAUCGUCCACUGUCUGGCUGGCAUCUCCCGCUCUGCCACCAUCGCCAUCGCUUACAUCAUGAAGACCAUGGGCAUGUCCUCAGACGACGCCUACAGGUUCGUGAAGGACCGGCGCCCGUCCAUUUCGCCCAACUUCAACUUCCUGGGCCAGCUGCUGGAGUAUGAGCGCAGCCUGAAGCUGCUGGCGGCCCUGCAGGGCGACGGGGCGCCCCACCCCGGGACACCGGAGCCCCUCCCGGGCCCCGCGGCCCCCCUGCCGCCACUGCCACCACCUACCUCAGAGAGCGCUGCCACCGGGAGUGCCGCGGCCGGCCCAGCCAGGGAGGGCACGCCCAGCGCCGGGGAACCCCCCACGCCCCCUGCCGCCCCGGCCACCAGCGCACUGCAGCAGGGCCUGCGCGGCCUGCACCUCUCCUCUGACCGCCUCCAGGACACCAACCGCCUCAAGCGCUCCUUCUCGCUGGACAUCAAGUCGGCCUACACCCCGAGCCGGCGGCCCGACGACCCCGGGCCCCCCGACCCCGGCGAGGCCCCCAAGCUCUGCAAGCUGGACAGCCCGUCGGCGGGCGCGCUGGGCCUGCCCUCGGCCGAGUCCCGGGACGCGCGGACCGGCUGGCCCGACGAGCCGGCCCCGGAGACGCAGUUCAAGCGCCGCAGCUGCCAGAUGGAGUUCGAGGAGGGCAUGGUGGAGGGGCGCGCGCGCGGCGAGGAGCUGGCCGCCCUGGGCAAGCAGGCCAGCUUCUCGGGGAGCGUGGAGGUCAUCGAGGUGUCCUGACGGCGGCCGGGACCCCGCGCCGCGAGCCGCUUGGCGCCCCGCUCGGCCGCCAGCAGCCGGGCCCACUAUAAAUAUAUAUUAUAUAUAAUGCAAAGAAAGGUAAAUGGUUUUACUGCGAUUUUUAUCGAGAAGUAAAUAUUUCGAUUUUUUAUUUAUUUAAGCUGUUCAUUCUGGCAAUGAUUUGGCAACAGUGCGGGCGGCCCUCAGAGCUGUAUUUUUACUGUCUGGUAUUUAAACUGAAACACACGUUUCUAAGCAAUAUGAGGCCACCUUCAGGCGCAAGCUGAGGUGCCAGGCCUGGGGUCCCCUCCCUGUCCCCCCCCCAGGAAACACUGCUGACCCUCGCAAAGAGGCUGCCGAGCUUUCGUGCACUUUUUACAUAAGAAAAAGGGGAAAAAAGGAAAAAAAAAUUUG